AUGGCUUGCUGCUUGUGCUUGUGCGCCUCCUGCAUAGAGCUGCAUCAUGGCGCGAAGAUCACACAAGUGACCGAGUCUGGGCCCUCUUUGCUCGACCGCGCUGGUGACGACAUUGCAUACAAAAUAUAUGUGCCGAUUGUGUCCGCGCCCCCAUCGUCAGACUUUGGUCCCUACCGCUGUUGGGCGCGGUUUGACAUUAACCAUCUCCCAUCACGUCAGCGUUUCAGACGCAGGACACUGGGCUUCCCAGCCACUGCCGUCGGUGACGCUGCGAACAGGUGCACUCAAGUACAUGCACCUCAAAGGAUCAAGGUUUCGUACGACAUGGGCUGACGCGAUAUCGAAUACCGCGCUCAACAAAUGCGUCUUCCCGCGCCAAUACCCUCACCAUCAAGGGCCCCCUAUAACAUGGGUAAGGGUAAAAACACUAUACCUUACUAAUUGGGGUUAGCGUUACCCCGCCGAUGUCUGCUCUGUCUUCUGCACCGCACCUGGUGAUGUAUGCCGAUGGGG